AUGGCGUACUCCAAAUACAAGUCAACAAAACAAACAACACAUGCUGCCCGUGUUUCAAGAUUAUUAGUGGACUCUUGUACCGACCUCUUCAGGGAUCUUCUCAGGGACCACAUUACAGAAAUCAAUUUUCCGGGAAUCCUCCGACAAAAGAAACUGUUGCUGAGUCCCAUUCUCAAUAAAGCCCAGAGAGGUGUAUUGUAUCCAAUCAAAGGAUCCUUCAACGGAACGUAUACUGACUUUGACCUAUCUUUAUUGUAUGUAUUGUUGAGAAACACAACAGGUAUUGUACCUCACAAAAAAGGAUGGGCCAAACCACCGGAUCCAUCAGAUCGAUCCCUGUCUGCGAAUAUUGAUCGUGUAAGGGAGAUACGUAACACAUAUUGCGGUCAUGCAGCUAGGGUCUCCCUAUCUAACUCAGAGUUCCAACAGCUCUGGCAGGACAUGACCAUUAUAAUCGGAGAACUUGAACGCAGUCUUCCUGGAGGAGGCACAACAUACACAUACGCUGCGAACCUGAUAAAAAUAGACACAAUGGAUCCUGAGCAGGAAAGGAGAUAUCUGGAUGUUAUUGAUACCCAACAUCAAGAAGUAGAAGUCCUAAAAGAAACAACAAUUAAAGUAAAAGAACAAGUCUCUGAUGUGAAAGUACAAAUAACUGGGCUGAAAUCUGAUGUACAAGGACAAGUCUCGGAAGUGCAAGAACAAGUCUCUGAAGUGCACGAACAAGUAUCUGAUGUACAAAAGCAAGUUGCUGAGGUAAACGAACAUGUCACUGGUGUACAAGAACAAGUCACGGGUGUAGAAGAACAAAUAACUGGACUGAAAUCUGAUGUACACGAGCAAGUCACUGGUGUACAAGAACAAGUCUCUGAUGUGCAAAAGCAAGUUGCUGAAGUAAAAGAGCAUGUCACUGGUGUACAAAAACAAGUCACUGAUGUACAAGAACAACUCAUUGAGAAACUGAAUCAACCAGAUGCAAAGUCUCCCAUUCCUCCAAAUGUUAGAGAGCAAUAUGAAAUUGAUAUUCAGAAAUGGAGAGAGGAAGACAAGCUUUACUGUGAAACCCACAGCUUUCCAUCAAUCAUGGAGAAAGUGAGGAACCAACCUUACGUAACGUUUGUUGGUGUACCUGGGUCCGGGAAGUCUGCCAUGGCUCACCACAUCGCCCUCAAGCUCCAGGAGGAAGGUUACGAGGUUCUGCCAACCAUAGAUGUAGGGAACAUAGAGGCCUAUGGUGACCCUAGGAAUCCACAGGUUUUUGUUAUUGAUGAUGUGGUGGGUGUCUUUGGCCUCCAAAAACAUAUAUUAGGUGUGCUGACUAAUUAUGAACAAAAAAUAAAACAGCCUUGCAUGGUUAAGUCUAGAACUUUAAUGACAUGCAGAGAGGUUGUGUUCAAUGAGACACUACCAUAUAAACCAUUCCUUACCAACGAAGAGACUGUGAUUAAGUUGCACAGUUCUGACAAUGCAUUAAAUGACACUGACAAAAAACAGAUUCUUCAGAAGUAUGGUCUAAAUGUAGAUUUAAUAUCGCCUGCAUUGCUGACAUCAACAUCUCAAAUGUUUCCCCUUCUCUGUAAAUUGUUUUCUAAGGAAACAAAAUUCCAAGCUCUUGGUUCAAAGUUUUUCCUGAAUCCAGUCCAAUGUGUCAUUGGUGAACUUGAUGAUAUGCAAAGACAUAACAAACUGAAUUAUACAGCACUUGUUUUGUGUAUGCUAAAUGAAAACAGACUCUCAAAAGACAUUCUAAAAGAUCGAAAAAAUGAAAAGUUCAUGAAAAUGAAAACUGACACUAUGGAAAAUUGCCGAUUAAAGCACUCCACUGAUACUUUCAAGUUUAUGGAUGCUUUGUCAGCAAUGGAGGGGACAUACACAAAACAGUGUGGUGCACAAUUCACAUUUAUACAUGACUCCAUGUUUGAACUAUGUGCUUAUCAGUAUGGCAAACAGUUUCCUGAUGAAAUUUUGCUGUAUAUGAGUAGCAGUUAUAUUGCUAAUUAUGUCAAACCACAGAGUAGUGAAGAAGCUAUUGUUAACAAAGUGAAAGAGAAACACGGUGAUUCUCAAUCUGUUGAGGAUGGAGAGAGUACCAAUGAUAGUAAAGGAAAAGACCAGAAGAGCGAUGAGGGAAAUUGUGAGAGAGAGGAAUCGUUUGAUCUGUGUAUAAGAUUACGUGAGGAUCAUUACCCACUGUUAGCUGAAAGAUUGUACAGAGACAUACAGAGCAUGGAGCUGUAUGAUGUUUUUAGGAAUCAGGUUUUAAAACAUCAUAAGGUGUGUCAAGCUUUUAUUGGUGCAUUAGAGAAAAAGCCGUACGCAGAAGUAAAAAACCUAUUUCUUUCCACUAAGGAAAAUGUAGAUAAGAUGGUGAGUAAACAAACAUGUGUGAUGAAGGAGAGUAGAGAGUGGGUUGCAUGUGAGGAAGGGCAUGUGAGCAUAGUGAAGCUGCUUGUGAAGGCAGGGGCUGAUAUUAAUCUACGUGAUUUCAGAGGAGUUACACCACUAAAUGCUGCAUGUGAGAAAGGACAUGUGAGCAUAGUGAAGGAGCUUGUAAAGGCAGGGGCUGGUGUCAAUUUACAAAAUAAAAGUGGUGAUACACCACUGGUAAUUGCAUGCGGGGAAGGGCAUGUAAGCAUAGUGAAGGAGCUUGUGGAGGCAGGGGCUGAUGUCAAUCUACAAGAUUACAGGGGACAUACACCAUUGAUAAAUGCAUAUAAGAAAGGAGAUGUGAGGAUAGUGGAGGAGCUAGUGAAGGCAGGGGCUGACGUUAAUGUAAAGGAUGAAAUGGGGAAUAUACCACUGAUAACGGCAUGUCUGUAUGGACAUGUGAAUAUAGUGAAAGAGCUUGUGAGGGCAGGGGCUGUUGUCAAUAUGCAGGAUUACAGGGGGGAUGCACCAUUGAUAAUUGCAUAUAAGAAAGAACAUGUGACAAUAGUAGAGGAGCUAGUAAAGGCAAGGGCUGAUGUCAAUGUAAAGGAUGAAAUGGGGAAUACACCACUGCUAGCUGCAUGUAGGUAUGGACAUGUGAAUAUAGUGAAGGAACUAGUGGAAGCAGGGGCUGACGUUAAUGUAAAGAAUAAAAUGGGAAAUACACCACUGAUAACGGCAUGUGUGUAUGGACAUCCGAAUAUAGUGGACGAGCUUGUGAGGGCAGGGGCAGUUGUCAAUAUGCAGGAUUCCAGGGGGGCUGCACCAUUGAUAAUUGCAUAUCAGAAAGGGCAUGUGACAAUAGUGGAAGAGCUAGUAAAGGCAGGGACUGAUGUCAAUGUAAAGGAUGAAACGGGGUAUACACCACUGCUAGCUGCAUGUGGGUAUGGACAUUUGAAUAUAGUGAAGGAACUAGUGAAAGCAGAGAUUGACGUUAAUGUAAAGGAUGAAAUGGGGAAUACACCACUGAUAACGGCAUGUGUGUAUGGACAUGCAAAUAUAGUUGAAGAGCUUUUGAGGGUAGGGGCAGUUGUCAAUAUGCAGGAUUACAGGGGGGAUGCACCAUUGAUAAUUGCAUGUAAAAAAGGACAUGAGACAAUAGUGGAAGAGCUAGUAAAGGCAAGGGCUGAUGUCAAUGUAAAGGAUAAAAUGGGGAAUACACCACUGGUAGCUGCAUGUGGAUAUGGACAUGUGAAUAUAGUGAAGGAAUUAGUGAAGGCAGGGGCUGACGUUAAUGUAAAGGAUGACAUGACGAAAUCACCACUGAUAACUGCAUGUGUGUAUGGACAUGUGGAUAUAGUGGAGGAGCUUGUGAGGGCAGGGGUAGUUGUCAAUAUGCAGGAUUACAGGGGGGAUGCACCAUUGAUAAUUGCAUGUAAGAAAGGACAUGUGACAAUAGUGAAGGAGCUAGUGAAGGCAAUGGCUGAUGUUAAUGUAAAGGAUAAAAUGGGGGAUACACCACUGAUAGCUGCAUGUGGGUAUGGACAUGUGAAUAUAGUGGAGGAACUAGUGGAAGCAGGGGCUGACGUCAAUGUAAACGUCGAGGAACUUGUGAGAGCAGGGGCUUGUGUCAAUCUACGGGAUUAUAGGGGGGAUACACCGCUUGUAACUGCAUGUGAGAAAGGACAUGUGCAUAUUAUGGAGGAGCUAGUGAAGGCAGGGGCUGAUGUCAAUGUAAAGGAUGAAAUGAGGAAUACACCAUUGCUAGCUGCAUGUGGAUAUGGACAUGUGAAUAUAGUGAGGGAACUAGUGAAGGCAGGGGCUGACGUUAAUGUAAAGGAUGACAUGACGAAAUCACCACUGAUAACUGCAUGUGUGUAUGGACAUGUGGAUAUAGUGGAAGAGCUAGUGAAGGCAGGGGCUGACGUCAAUGUAAAGGAUGAAAUAGGAAAUACACCACUGAUAACUGCAUGUGUGUAUGGACAUGUGAAUAUAGUGAAGAAGCUAGUGAAGGCAAGGGCUGAACUCAAUGUAAAGGUUGAAAUGAGGAAUACACCCCUGGUAACUGCAUGUGUGUAUGGACAUGUGGAUAUAGUGGAGGAGCUAGUGAAGGCAGAGGCUGAAGUCAAUGUAAAAGAUGAAAUGGGUAAUACACCACUGCUAAUUGCAUGUAUGUAUGGACAUGCGAAUAUAGUGGAGGAGCUAGUGAAAGUAGGGGCUGAAGUCAAUGUAAAGAAUGGAAUGGGGAAUACACCACUGAUAACUGCAUGUUUAUAUGGACUUGUGGAUAUAGUGGAGGAGCUUUUGAGGGCAGGGGCUGACGUCCACGUAGAAAAUGAAAUGGAGAAUGCACCACUGAGGACUGCAUGGUUUUAUGGACAUGUGAAUAAAGUGGAGGAAAGUAUGGGGGCAGGGGUUGGUGUCAAUAUAUGGAAUGGCAGGGGGGAUACACCACUGAUUAUUGCAUGUGAGAAAGGACAUGUGAGAAUAGUGGAGAAGCUAGUGAAGGCAGGGGCUGAGGUCAAUGUAAAGAAUGAAACGGGGAGUACACCACUGAUAACUGCAUGUUUUUAUGGACAUGUGAAUAUAGUCGAGGAACUUGUGAGAACAGGGGCUUGUGUCAAUCUACGGGAUUACAGGGGGGAUACACCACUUGUAACUGCAUGUGAGAAAGGAUAUGUGCAUAUUAUGGAGAAACUAGUGAAGGCAGGGGCUGACGUCAAUGUAAAGGAUGAAAGGGGGAUUACACCACUGCUAAUUGCAUGUAGGUGUGGACAUGCGAAUAUAGUGGAGGAACUAGUGAAGGCAGAGGCUGAAGUCAAUGUAAAGGAUAAAAUGGGGAAUACACCACUGCUAAUUGAAUGUGUGCAUGGACAUGUGAACAUAGUGGAGGAGCUUGUGAGGGCAGGGGCUGUUGUCAAUAUAGGAAAUGUAUGGGGGGAUACACCACUGAAAAUUGCAUAUAGGAACGCACAUGUGGGAAUAGUGGAGGAGCUAGUGAAGGCAGGAGCUGACGGCAAUGUAAAGGAUGAAAUGGGGAUACACUGCUGA